CUCCUGAUAUAGACAUGUGACCACUGCAGCCAAUCAUAGGCUGUCACAUGCUUGUAUAGAGAUGUGCCAAGAAGCAAAGACCGGCGGAGAAUCCAGGAAGCAUGGGAACUGGGAUAUUACUCACUCCAUAUUGACUUUCCCAGGAUCAGGGAGGACAACCCCCGGUCCGGACAGCGCCGGUGCAAAUAACAUCAUGUACCGCGUUGUCCUGCCGCUAGUAGAAUUCCUAUUGGUCGCCGCCGUGAUUAUCAUCUUUUGCUGUUACAAGUACAAGGCCUGGCGCCGGCGUGAACAAAAACAGGCAGCUGAUCUAGAGAUGGUUCGAGUGGAGAAGCCAGUUGUUCAAAAACCUGUAGUGCAAAUUAAGAAGAAAAAAAACAUCAGACCUCCCAUGGAUAACAUCAAGAAAGUAAAACCAAUUAUUGAACGAAUAAAAGCUGCCAAAAAAGAGGAGGACAAGAUCAUUAGAAUAACAUCUAAAACAGAGGAGGAGACGAUCAUGAAGGUAACAUCCAAAACAGAGGAGGAGAUCACGAAGAGAACAUCCCGCCUGAAACGGUUCCGUAAAUGGAUAAAAAAAAGUACCCAGAAGAAGAACAUGGGGAAAGAAAAGGAGCGCACUAACCAUCUCUGCAAAUAUAUGACCACCUGCUGCAGUUGUCGGUCCAUGGACUAAAUGGAGUUAACUUAUUACCAUCAUGCCCAUUAGUUUUAAAGCCCUGAAACACCAUCUACAGUGGCCAUAUCUGUCUGUCCCUCUGUUUGUCUGUCUGUCUAUCUGUAUGUCUGUCUUUCCCCCUGUCUGUCUGUCUAUCUAUCGUAGAAUACAUAGGUAGAUUGAAGACACCUGGAGGGGGUGUACAUCUCAUCUACAUUUUUUUAAUGUAGGUGAGAUGAAAAAUCCAGGAAAGUUGGGUUUCCUCAGUAAAUUUUCUUUGCUGAGGACUUUAGUAACUUUGUUUUCCGGGCCUGCAUUUUUUUGGAAUGGCAGGUAGGUUGGAAGUGGGACCUGUCA